AUGAGCCGAAAGUGCCCAAAUUGUGGCAGUUCGGAAAUAGAUGAUGAUUCGGCUCGUGGUGAUUCUACAUGUAUGGGUUGUGGUACGGUACUGGAAGAAUCAACCAUUGUUUCGGAUGUGGCAUUUCAAGAAAAUGCCGGUGGUGGUCAUUCCUUAGUGGGACAAUUUAUUUCGAAAGAACGCGGUCAACCAACUAAUCUUUCCGGUGUACCUGGUUUAUCGCACCAGGAAUCCCGAGAAAUCACCUACUAUAAGGGAAGGAAGCUGAUCGAAGAGAUAGCAAGUCAGCUUCGGAUUAAUCAGCAUUGUGUUAAUACAGCAUUCAAUUUUUUUAAAAUGUGCGUUUCGCGUAAUUUUACACGUGGACGUGUACGAUCACAUGUCGUAGCAGCGUGUUUAUAUAUGACUUGUCGACUGGAAAAUACCGCACACUUGCUGUUGGAUUUCAGCGAUAUCACUCAGGUCAACGUGUUCGAUUUGGGGCGAACAUUGAAUUUCUUGACACGUUCUCUGAAAAUCAAUCUUCCAACUACUGAUCCCUGCAUGUAUAUAUUACGUUUUGCUGUCUCACUCGAUUUUGGUGCUAAACAAAAAGAGGUAGUAUCUUUAGCAACCAGACUAGUGCAACGAAUGAAACGUGAUUGGAUAGCAACAGGAAGACGACCAACUGGUCUUUGUGGUGCAGCAUUAUUGCUUGCAGCCCGAUGCUACAAUUUUAAUCGAACUGUUGCCGACGUUGUACGUGUUGUACACAUUAGCGAAGCUGUUGUUAAGAAACGUCUCGAUGAAUUCGGACAGACUCCUUCGAGUACGUUAACAAUCGAUGAGUUUACAUCAGUAGAUUUGGAACACUGUGAGGAUCCACCAGCAUUUCGCGAAUCGCGUCGCAAAGCACGUGAGUUACAAUUACAAAAAGAAGAGGAAGCAUUGAGGAAGAUAGAGCUUGAGAUAUCACCAAUGGAGGCAGAAGUUGAAAGAGCUCUUGAGAAACGGCGAAAAGAACGUUUCAAAAGGACACAAUAUGCUCGAAUGAUGAGUGGUUCAUUAGGAUCUGAAUCGGAUGAACUUACUCCGGCAGAUGCUUUAGUACGGAAUGAAAUCGUUGACUUAGUCUUUUCUGCUGCAAGAAGUGGUACUCCGUUAUCUGAUGCUGGUAUGUCAUCCACUUAUGCACCUUCAUUAGUUAGCCUUGGCAUAGCUCCAGUCAAAAGUGAAGUAGAACCGAUUGCUGAAACAAAGAGUGAGAAACUCAAUAGUAAUGGAGAACUUGAUUUGGAGGGAAUUGAUGAUGAUGAAAUCAAUACAUACAUAUUAACCAAAGAAGAGGUAGAUUUGAAAACCCGUUUCUGGAUGAAAUUAAAUGGAGAACAUUUGAAAGAAAUGGAACGGCGGCGUCGUGAAAGGGAGGAAGAAGAACGUGAAAAAGAUAAUUCAUCCAAAAAACGGCGUCGAACAAAUGGUAUCCGUAAAAAAGAACCUAUUGUUGCUGCAACUGCGCAAGAAGCAAUGGAAAAAGUCAUACAUGAAAAAAAACUUUCAAACAAAAUAAACUACGAUAUUCUAAAAGAAAUCGAGGAUGCAGAUGAAACUAUCGUCAAACCUGAAAUAGAUAGCAGCAUAAGUGAUACAAAAGAAGAAACCAGUGAAGCUAACGAUCGCAUGUUGUUUAAAGACAGUAGAAAUUUAACGUUAACGACAGGAAAAGCUUUAAAAACUCGGAAACGUUUCCGGCCGAACGUUAGCCUAGCAACGAAAAAGGCAGUUGAACAAACAAUUUCAGUAAUAGCUGCAUCAGAAAAAAAUUCCAAUCAAGGUAAAAAAGGAUCUGUAAAAGACUUAUCUACGACGAAUGAAAAAAAUACCUUGUUUGUUGGCCGAAUGAAGACGAAUAUAAGAAAAUGUGCUGACGCUCAGGGUCAACCAUCAAGCAGUAUCGAAAGUAAUACUAUGAUAACAGAAUCUAACAUAUUCCCUACUAAAAUGAGCCAUUCUAGUCUAUCUGUUUCACACUCUGAAACAGAUAGGCUAGAUUCUUUCCAAACUGGGACCUCCGAUUCAACUGCAAAGUUUUCGAGUAAAGUCGGUCACUUUACAGGAAAAAUAAGACCAGCUAAAUUGAUUGUUGAAGAAAGUUCUGAAUCAGUUGGUUUUAACUCUAAAAAUGCAACUAUAACAGAGACAUCUGGAAAAUCGCACAUGAUUAAAAGAAGAUACGCGAAAAUGAAGCCAAAUUUGAAGUGUGUCCAAAAAUGUGGUAAGUCUGUCAACCAAGAUGGUCAGAAGUCGCUUUUAGCGGUUGUACCCGAGGUUCCAGGGGAAGGUAAUGUCGAAGAUGAAGAUAGACAACAAAGGAAAGAAGAUACAGAAGUUCCUUCAACAUCUGAGAUUUCAAGAAUGGAAAUCGUAAGCGCUGAAGACGUUAGCAAAGAACCACUAAUGCAAAGUAUUAGUAAGAUCUGUUCCGCAAAAACGAAUUCGAAUGUGACCGAAACUGAUACGGUUAAAAAAACAAGAAGUCGAUAUAUGAAAGUAAAACCCAAUUUGACAAGACGAGCUGAAACAAAAGCAAGCAAGAAAUCCUGA